AUGCAACUACAGCCGGUGAUGUCUUCCAGCUUCAAUGUAUUUAGAGUUGGGAUUUCUUUUGUCAUAACAUGCAUUUUUUACAAGUCAACAGUAGACUCUUUGCCAGAACUGAGUCCUCAGAAAUAUUUCAGUACAUUGCAACCGGGAAAAGCCUCUUUAGCUUAUUUUUGUCAAACUGAUGAAGAGAACACUACCAUAUAAAUGGACUUAAAUGUUGCAGUUAGGACAAUUUCAGAUUAUAAGCUAUCCAGCGCUGGUGUUAAUUGUGUCAGAGAAGAAAUGUCAAGAUACUGUGGAAAAGAAAAGGAUUCGAUGAAAGCAUAUUUAUUCAGAGGCAACAUAUUGCUCAGAGAAUUCCCUACUGACACCCUGUUUGAUGUGAAUGCCAUCGUUGCUCAUGUUCUCUUUGCUCUUCUUUUUAAUGAAGUAAAAUAUAUUACCACCCUGGAAGACCUGCAGAACAUAGAAAAUGCUCUGAAAGGAAAGGAAAAUAUUGUAUUCUCAUACGUAAGAGCCAUUGGAAUACCAGAGCACAGAGCAGUCAUGGAAGCUGCUUUUGUGUAUGGGACCAUAUACCAAUUUGUCUUAACCACAGAAAUUGCCCUUUUGGAAAGUAUUGGGUAUACUGAAGUUGCUGAAGAUCCUCAACAAGUUUCAACUGUUCACCUCCAACUAGGAUUACCACUGGUUUUUAUUGUUAGCCAACAAGCUACAUAUGAAGCUGAUAGAAGAACUGCAGAAUGGGUUGCUUGGCGUCUUCUGGGAAAAGCAGGAGUUCUACUCUUGUUAAGGGAUUCUUUGAAAAUGAACAUUCCUCAGCAUGCCAAUGUGGUCUUCAAAAGAGCAGAAAAGGGAGUACCAUUGGAAUUUUUGGUGUUACGUGAUGUUGAAUCAAUAAUAUCCCAUGUGGAAAAUAACAUGCACAUCGAAGAAAUACAAGAAGAUGAAGAUGAUGACAUGGAAGAUGCAGAUAUGGAUAUUCAAGAUGAUGAAGUGGCAGAAACUGUUUACAGAGAUAGGAAGAGACAAUUACCUUUGGAACUGACAGUGGAACUAACAGAAGAGACAUUUAAUGUGACAGUAAUGGCUUCUGACAGCUUAGUGCUCUUCUAUGCUGGUUGGCAAGCAGUAUCCAUGGCAUUUCUGCAAUCCUAUAUUGAUGUGGCAAUUAAGUUGAAAGCAAAAGAAGAUUUCACUGAAGCAGGAAACCACCUAAAAGGAUAUGUUAUCACUGGAAUUUAUUCUGAAGAAGAUGUUUUGAUAUUGAAGAUCUGGGAACCAGAAAUCACUGUGGGAAAUCUUCCUACUUAUUUAAGACUUCAGAAACCAUUACUGAUUUUGUUCAGUGAUGGUAGCAUAAAUCCUCAGUAUGAAAAAGCAAUAUUGACACUGGCAAAGCAGAAAUACUUGGAUACAUUUACUCCUUGUUGGUUAAAUCUUUUGGUGAAUCUGCAUUCAGGUGGCCAAGUAUUUGCAUUUCCUUCAGACCAGGCUAUAACUGAACUAAACCUUGUAUUGUGGCUUAAGAAAUUAGAAGCAGGACUAGAAAAUCCUAUCAAAAUUUUACCUGCUCAGGAAUGGAAACCUCCUCUUCCAGCUUAUGAUUUUCUGAGUAUGAUGGAUGCUGCAUCUCAAUAUCCCACUAGGAAAGUUCCUGAGUGUAUGAAACAAACAGAUGUGCAGGAGAAUGAUAAGGAACAACAUGAAGAUAAAUCAGCAACCAGAAAACAACCGGUUGAAGCACUGAGAAUAAAGCAUUGGAAUAGAAGCAAUUGGUUUAAAGAAGCAGAAAAGUCGUUCAGACGUGACAAAGAGUUAUGAUGCUCACAAGGGAGCUGA